AUGGCUUCUCCGCCGUACAAACAGGCUCCUAAGCCUUUGCCUUUGAAAGUCAACUCCAAGAAUGGCGGAAACCAACCAAAUUACAUCAUCUUUAUGCCAGAUCAGCUCCGUUACGAUUCCCUGGGAUGCACCACUGAUGGCAAGUCCGGCAUCAAGACGCCUCAUAUCGAUGCGUUCCGCCAGAAGGCCACCCUCUUCACAAACUGCUACACCCAGGCCUCCGUCUGCUCGCAGUCGCGAUGCAGCAUGUUCACCGGGACAUACCCGCAUGUGAGCGGGCACCGCAGUCUCGAGAACCUCAUCAAACCGUGGGAGCCCAACAUUUUCCGCAGCCUGAAAGAAGACGGCUACCACGUCGCCUGCCUCGCCCCGCGCGGUGACACAUUUGCCCCCACCGUCACCGAGCUGUCGCUGACGGAGUACGGUUUCCUGGAGACGCCCGACUUUGUUCCCAAGUUCACGGGCGGCGGGGCCGAGAAACCCGCGGACAGCGAGGACAUUUGGAAACGCCUCUUCUACAAGGGGCUCCGUAACGCCAACGAGGCGCUCGACUAUGACGAGGCCGUUGUACGGUCAGCCUUGACGUGGCUUGAGUGCCCCCCCGACGAUAAGCCUUGGGUGCUCUUCAUGCCGCUCCUGUUUCCCCAUUGUCCGUUCCAGGUUGAGGAACCGUACUUUUCCAUGUACGACCGGUCAGCAAUGACAGGUGUUGUGUCACGACCGGAAGAAAAGACGGGGUAUGAGCCGAGGUACAUGAAGACCAUCCGCGAAAGGUACGGCACCGGACGCGCAACCGACGAGAUCUGGCAAGAGGUCAAGGCUACGUAUUUCGGCAUGAUCUCUCGACUCGAUGACCAAUUUGGCCGUGUCAUGAAGCGCGUCGACGAGCUGGGCCUGUGGAAGGACACGGUGACCAUGUUCUUCACGGACCACGGCGAGUACCUCGGCGACCACGGCCUCAUCGAGAAGUGGCCGUCCGGUCUCUCGGAGACCCUCGUGCGCGAACCACUCAUUAUCGGCGGCGCAGGGCUUCCCGAGGGAAAGUCGGUCGCCGCCAUGACGGAGAUGGUCGACCUCGUCCCGACGAUUCUCGAGAUGUCGGGCAUUGGCGAACAUUUUCCUCACAAUGGCGAGUCGUGGAUCCCGGUCCUAGUCGGAGACGCACAAAAACAUAAGAAAUAUGCUUUCUCCGAGGGAGGCUUCUUGACCUCAGAAGAGCCUCUUCUGGAACAGGCGCCGUAUCCGUACGAUAUCAAAGCGGGACUGCAGCACGAGGAUACUUCGCUCGUUGGGAAAGCAAUCUCGCUCAGAAACGAGAGGUGGGCCUACGUUUAUCGUUUGUACGAGCCAGCUGAACUGUACGAUCGUGAAGCCGACCCUCACGAGAUGCAUAAUCUGGCACAAGAGCCGCAGCUUGAGGAGUUGGUGGACCAACUGGAAAGGGACGUGCUACACUGGCUCGUCAAGGGGUCCGACUUUUUACCAUGGCAAAAGGACAACAGAUUUCCAGAGGUCAACCUCCCUAGCCCGCGGCAACAGAUGGAAGAACGUUUGAGGAGGGCAGGUCGAGCAUGA